AGUGUGUAGGAUUUAAUAAUUGCAUAACGUGACGACGUGGGCAUCUUGUCCAACUUGUGGUUGCGAUUUACGGAUCAUUCAUCACCUCAGUGCCCGACUGUUGUAAAAAGAUGGAGUAGACAUAACUAACAACCUGACCAUUCCGUAAGUUUCAGCAACUUCCAAGGGCCAUUUCGAAAUUUCGGUAACAUUCCUUCUAAAAUGUCCUCCUUCUUGCAUAACAACCGAAACUCCGGACAAUUACAGUCUUUCGGUCUAAAUUCUUAAAAAAAAAACUUUAAAAACAUUUUAAAAAAAGAAAAAUAAGAUAUUCCCCGGAGAUUGGCCAAAAACAAGAAUCUAAUCUUUAGAAUUAGAAUUGGAAAGAAAUUCCGGGAUUUGAGCAUUUCGAGGCGGAAAAAGAAUUACUUCACUGGUACGUAAAUUGUACAUUACAUUCCAAAAGAGAGCAAAAAAGCAAAGUGCGAUACACUAAGGAGAGGAAUUUUUUUUGAAACGGAAUUGAAUUGUUUGAUUUGGAAGCUUUAAGAGAGAAAAAUAUCGAGUAGGGAUUAGGGUUUUCGAAGAUUCGAAUCGACAGAGGGAGAGAGAGGAGUGUUAGGGUUUUGGGGGUGAGGAUGACUGAGGUGAGAUUACAUAUAUACGAUGUGACGAACAGUGGAUCGGAUAAAACGAACAGCACGAUUGUUCAAAUCAACAAGAUUUUUAAGGAUGGAAUCGGCCUCGGCGGCAUCUUCCACAGCGCCGUUCAGGUAUAUGGAGAUGAAGAAUGGUCUUUUGGUUUCUGUGAACAAGGGUCUGGGGUUUUUUGUUGUCCUUCUGGCAAAAAUCCAAUGUAUACAUAUCGUGAGUCUGUAGUCCUUGGAAGAACUAACUUUUCAAUAUUCAAGGUAAACCAGAUCUUGCAGGAACUUAGUAGAGAGUGGCCUGGAAGUUCCUACGUCUUGUUAUCCAAAAAUUGUAACCACUUCUGUGAUGACUUCUGCGAAAGGCUUGGUGUCCAAAAGCUUCCAGGUUGGGUUAAUCGUUUUGCCAAUGCUGGUGAUGCUGCUAUAGAAAUAGCAGAAAACACUGCCUUACGGUUGAGACAAACCAAGACUGAGAUAGUAUCAGCCAGCAAAGUGGCGUAUCGUUUCCUUGUGGGUGUUACUUCUAGUUCUAGUGGUGGUAAUGAUUCCUCUGGCAAUUCAAACAGAGGAAGCCCCAGAUUUCAAGCAGCCUGGUUUAAAAGCCUCAUCAGUACUGGUGCCAAACCAUCUAGCAGUUCUGAAAUUGAGACUCAGGAUGACAGCGUUCUUCAGCAGCAUUGGCAACAGAAUUCUACAGAGACAAUGCGACAGAGUUCACAAGAUUUGGAGAGACCAUUGAGACAAAAUGCACUCAAUUCGGAACAUCCACUGCGAUGGAAUUCAUGGCAUGAUAUGUGACGGAAAUAAUAUCUGGACGCAUCUUUUGUUCUGUACUAGUUGAAAUUAUGCAUAGCCAAUCAAGAAGUUAUUCAUUGUGUAUCAAUGUAAAUGUUCUUCUGUUGCCCCAACAGAAAUUAAUCAUGCCCAUGGACUGAAGUACAUUGAAUAGACUGAAUCGAAUAGUGUUUCUCCCAAUCCUUAUCUGAAAACUCUCAUGCAGUGCUUGGGGCAGUGUUCAUUCGCACCAGAGAUAGCCAAUGUAUAGGUAACAUUGAAACUUUUUCUAUGUUACAAGCCUUUUAUAAAGUGAUUCUGAUUGCACAUUACUUUUAUAUCUUCUGCAACCAUUGGUUGGAUGAAACCCAACUGCUAUCCACAAGUUAGACUUAGCAAUAAAUAAUAAGAUUUUUUUUUUUGGCACAUUAACGACAAAUAAGGUUCUACUUCGAGUAGUGUUAGUCAAUUUGUUUAAGGUGAUAAAUUUGGUUUAGGAGGAGUUUGAUAGGAAUUGUAAAGCAUUUAUGAUAUAACUAGUUAAAAACGAUAUAAGUUUCUCCACAUCCUGGAAGUUGUACAUUUAUGGCAUUAGACGCUCUUCGACUACAG